CUUAGUUUACUCUGAACUUCGGUCGGUAGCGGACGCGUUUGUGGGAAUCGUCGUCGCCGGAGUUGUAGUCGGGAUUGCGGUCGAAAAGUCGAAGUCGAAGUAGCUGCGACCAUCAGAAACUGGUUUUUGCUCUUGUGGCUGGAACGCGGUGUGUUGUCCCGGGGAUCGCAGCAGGGUCCGGAACGUGUCGUCGUCGUCGGAUUUGGUCCCGGUUCCGGGGUUGACCUCAGCGGCCAACGAACCGUGGAGAGGGUGGAUGAGUGUAUGUGUUGGGGUGUUUGCUAAAGUGUUAGCCCGAAGAAGCAACAGCCAAAGGUGGUCCUAACCGUGCUGGCAAAGAAUGAAAUUAAUACCAGAAAGUCCCAAGUGAUACACGGCAGUGGUCAACCGGAAAGUGUUGGUGUGAGUGUGACCAAAGUCGCGAAGAAAAACGGCCCAACACAAUCCGUCGUCACCAAGGAAGUAGCCGCCCAUGUGAAAUGCGUUCAAAACAUCGAUAAAUGUGCGCCGGGCAUCAAUUAUAAAUUUCCCCUCCGGAGUGAGUUUGUGUAGGGGGGGUUCGGAAAAGUUUGCAAAAAUAUAUGUAUUAAAUUUUGCACUCACAAAAGGAAGAAAGAAAAAAAGAGCAGCGAAUCGAGAAAGUAUGUAAAUUAUUCCUUGUGUUUUUGGGGGAAAGUUUGUGUUUUGUUGUUUUAUUUCGGGUCGAGGACGGGAUCCUCACACAUAUGAACCCCCGGGACGCCCCGGAAGGAGAACGGAGGAAGGAGUCCACAGUAAACCGGGGGUUGAAUUUAUGAAUCUUUGGGGAAUUCCCAUCGGAAAUUGAAUAUAUUUGGCGCGCCCAAAUUUGCAAGUUAUUUGUGCAACCCUAGCGAUGAAUAAAUCAGGAGGGGUGGCGGUGGCCGGGCUGCCACUGCUGGGUUCGAUCCUGGUUCUGCUGCUGUUGUCCAGUGGGAUGGUACGAGCGGACUACGAAAAUACCUGGAACUUUUACUACGAGCAGCCCUGCUGUGGAGGAAGUUCGAGCGGCGGUGCACAGCAUCACCUCAGGCAUCACAGGGACCAUGUCCGGGAGUUCCAGUGUGGGAAGUUCUACUACAGGACGUUCUACCUGGACGAGGAGCGGGACUCACUCUACGUGGGUGCAAUGCCAAAAGCAUUCAGACUUUCUAUUUUGAACGUUUCCCAAUCAGAUUGUGAGCGUGAUGCCAUCGUGCUGGAUCCGACCAGCUCGGACAUUCGAAACUGCGUUUCGAAGGGCAAAAGUGAGAUGUUUGACUGCAAAAAUCACAUACGAGUGAUACAGCCGAUGGAUAAUGGAAAUCGGUUGUAUAUCUGUGGUACAAAUGCGCACAACCCCAAGGAUGUGGUGAUCUAUUCCAACCUGACCCAUCUGUCACGAUCGGAGUUCGUGCCCGGAAUCGGCCUCGGCAUCGCCAAGUGCCCGUACGAUCCGCUGGACAAUUCGACCGCCAUCUACGUGCACCAGGGCAAUCCCGCCGAUUUGCCCGCGCUGUACUCCGGCACGAACGCCGAGUUCACCAAGGCCGACACGGUGAUAUUCCGGACGGACCUGUACAACAUGACCACCGGCAAGAAGGUGUUCAACUUUAAGCGCACCCUGAAAUACGACUCCAAGUGGCUCGAUAAGCCCAACUUUGUCGGUUCGUUCGACAUCGGCGAGUACGUGUACUUUUUCUUCCGCGAGACGGCCGUCGAGUACAUCAACUGCGGCAAGGCCGUGUACUCGCGGAUCGCACGCGUCUGCAAGAAGGACACUGGCGGCAAGAACAUCCUGAACCAGAACUGGGCCACCUACCUGAAGGCGCGCCUCAACUGCAGCAUCGCGGGCGAGUUUCCGUUUUACUUCAACGAAAUCCAGGACGUCUACCAGCUGCCCUCGGACAAGACCAAGUUCUAUGCGACCUUUACGACCAGCACGAACGGGCUGGUGGGAUCGGCCGUUUGCAGCUUUGACAUUGGAGAGGUGCACGCAGCGUUUGCAGGCAAAUUCAAGGAGCAAGCCACCUCCAACUCGGCCUGGCUGCCGGUGCUCAACUCGAAGAUUCCGGACCCGCGGCCGGGGACCUGCGUCAACGAUACGUCCACCCUGCCCGACUCGGUGCUCAACUUUAUCCGGUCCCACCCGCUGAUGGACCGGGCCGUCAACCACGAGCACAACAAUCCGGUCUUCUAUAAGCGCGACCUCGUCUUCACCAAGCUCGUCGUGGACAAAAUCAAAAUCGACAUCCUGAACCAGGAAUACACGGUGUACUACGUCGGCACGAACGCCGGCCGGAUCUACAAGAUUGUGCACUACCUGUCCAACGGGGAGUCCAAGUCGAAGCUGCUGGACAUCUUCGAGAUUGCCCAGAACGAGGCGAUCCAGGUGAUGGAGAUCAGCCAGUCGCGCAAGUCGCUGUACGUGGCCACCGACUACCGGGUCAAGCAGGUCGACCUGGCGAUGUGCAACCGGCGGUACGACAGCUGCUACCGGUGCGUCAAGGAUCCGUACUGCGGCUGGGACAAGGACACCAACACGUGCAAGCCGUACGAGCUCGGGCUACUGCAGGACGUUGGCAACGAGACGUACGACAUCUGCGACACGAGCGUCCUCAAGAAGAAGAUCAUCGUCACGUACGGCCAGAGCGUCCACCUGGGCUGUUUUGUCAAGGUGCCGGAGAUACUGAAGGAUCAGUCGGUGACCUGGUACCACCACUCGAAGGAAAAGGGCCGCUACGAGAUCAAGUACAACCCGACCAAGUACAUCGAAACGACGGAACGCGGCCUGGUCGUGAUUUCGGUCAACGAAGCCGACGGCGGCCGGUACGACUGCCACCUGGGGGGGUCGCUCCUCUGCAGUUACAACAUCACCGUCGAUGCGCACAGAUGCACUCCACCGAACAAGAGCAACGACUACCAGAAGAUCUACUCGGACUGGUGCCACGAGUUCGAGAAGUACAAAUCGGCCAUGAAGACCUGGGAGAAGAAGCAAGCGCAAUGCUCAUCCAAGCAAAACUACAGCAAUCAACAUCCUAACGAUGUUUUCCAACGCAAUCCCAACGUCUGAUACCAAGGACCAAACUUUGACACUUCAACAUCGAAUAGCUUGUCCACUACCUUCGGUAGGGUACUACAAUCAACUAAAUGAACUGUGAUACCCUUAAUGAUCCAAUAAUAAGGAGAAAAAAGAGAAACAAAAAAACAGAAAAAAGA